AUGGUUCCAGCAACGUUUACUGUGAGCAAACAAGUGCAGAAGACCUAUCAGUAUUCUAAAAAAUUGAGAUUAUCAAUUAGUGUCCCUCCUGAGAAACCCAAUCUAGGUUUCUCCACAAAGGAUUCUAAAAGCAUUGGAUGUGUCAAGAAGAUGACACAAAUCAUCAAAAUGAAAUCACAAUAG